AUGGCUUCCGACCAUGAGCGCCUCCUAGCACUCACGGCCUUCGACGACACCAAGGCCGGCGUCAAAGGCCUUGUCGAUGCUGGGGUCACCGCCGUCCCAUCCAUCUUCCACCACCCGCCCGAAUGCCUCCCUGCAGCGGAUGCCGAGCUCCACCACUUGACCAUACCGGUCAUCGACCUGGCGUCUGACUCGCGAGUCGCGCUGGUUGCCCAAGUGAAGGCGGCCGCGCAGGCGGUGGGCUUCUUCCAGGUGGUGAACCACGACGUGCCGGACGACCUUCUCGCCGAGAUGCUCGCCUCGGUGCGCCGCUUCCACGAGUCUCCCGUGGAGACGAAGCGCGCGUACUACAGCCGGGACCACCGCCGAAGAGUCCAGUUCAAUUCCAACUUCUACCUGUUCCAGUCGCCGGCAGCCAGCUGGCGCGACACCAUGUUCCUCCAGAUGCCACUGCCGGCGUCAGAGGAGAUCCCGGAGGCCUGCAGGGCCGUCGCGCCGGAGUACGCUCGGCAGGUGCAGCGGGUAGGCCGUGCGCUAUUCGAGCUGCUGUCGGAGGCGCUGGGUCUGGAUCCAAGCUACCUGGAGGAGGAGACCAUGUGCCUGGACCGGGUGAACAUCGGCGGCCACUAUUACCCGGCGUGCCCGGAGCCACACCUCACGCUGGGCACCAGCAGGCACUCCGACGCCAGCCUCCUCACCGUGCUCCUCCAGGACACCGUCGGCGGCCUCCAAGUGCUCGUCGAUGACGACAAGUGGGUGGACGUGCCGGCCGUGCCGGGGGCGCUGGUGGUCAACGUCGGCGACUACCUGCAGCUCAUGUCCAACAACAGAUUCAAGAGCGUGGAACACCGUGUGGUGGCUAACAGCGUGGACUCCAGGGUGUCGGUUGCCUGCUUCAUCGCGCCAAACCCGUCGUCCGCCAGGGUGCUCGCGCCCAUCGUCACCGGUGACGGCGCCGUCGCGCGGUACAGGAGCACCACGGUGGACGACAUGUUCCGCUACUACAGGAACAGGACUAAGGCUCUCAACGGCACCUCCGCACUCCAGCAUUUCACCAUCUGAAUCUCAUUCUCAUCUCAUCAUCGUCAGGGUUUCUUUUCUUUUUGGAAUAAGGGAUCGAGUGUCUAAACUCUAAACGGUGUAUGUGAUUUCUCUUCUUGGUCCAGCAACUUUGCUACUUUGUGCCACUGAUUUUUAGCAAAUCCAUUAUAAUAAACUUGUUGUAAUAAAUUGUAUAUUUCUCUUCCGAAUGCUUUAACUGAAUAAUAUACUCCCUCCGUUCCUUAA